GGGUAAUCCUUACUCUAUACGAGUUAGAUACUUUACCAUAGAUAAAUUAAUAUGGUAGGAUAAUUUCUAAAUUAUCAUCUACUAAUCUAUCACAAGCUGGAAAUUUGAAUUAGAUUAGUUUCUAUUAAAAGUAGGAUUGUAUGAAAACCUCAACACUUUUCUAACUCCUUCUUAGAUUGCGGUGUCGGAAUCAACACUAAAAUCUAAUUUUCUCAUUGAAGGAGUCUUAAAAAAACAGUACAAAUUAAUAUCAUAUUAAAUAGAUUUGAAAUUUAAGACUUACCUAAGCUUUAAUCAAUCUUCAAUGCUUGUGCUAGCUUAGUGCAAGACAUAGUUUGAGAGAAUCCACCAUUUUAAUGGAGAAUUUUGA